GGAAGUACUUGCUGAUCCCCAUCCGGUGCAGACCUGUGUUUACAUGAGGCUCCAGCAUGCUAACCGGCUAACCGGCUAACCGGACCGUUUGUGGAUCGAUAAUGUCUCAGACAAGUUCACGUUAACUUCAGUCAGACAUCCAGCCGGUUACCGGAGGAGUUUCUCUUCCUCACAGAGUCUGAAGUUAGGAUCUAAAGAUAAAAACAGACGAUGUCUCUGCCUGUUGAUGCUAACGCUAAUGCUAAUGCUAACGUGGAUCAGAAGGUUCUGCAGUAUGAAAACUUCAUCAACGAAGUUCUGAAGAGAGACUUGCAGAAGGUGUUGGAGCAGAGAGACUCAGUUUAUGAGAAGAUCUCUCAGUAUCUUCAGCUGAAGAACACCAUACAGAGUCUGCUGGAGGCGGGUUCUCAGCAGCUGAAGACGGAUGUUGAUCUCGGCUGUAACUUCUUCGUCCAGGCUGAAGUGGAGGAUUCGUCCAGGAUCUUCGUGGCGGUCGGCUACGGCUUCUUUGUGGAGAUGAACCACGACGAAGCUCUGCGAUUCAUCGACAAGAAGACGAGUCAGCUCACAGCCUUCACGGAGCAGCUCACCAAAGACUCUGCUAAGAUUAAAGCCAACAUCCGCAUGGUGCUGGAGGGUCUGAGGGAGCUGCAGGGAAUGACCGACCUGCCAGAGAGCAGAAGAAAAGACGUUUUCUAGACGAGCGGAGGACGUUCAGAUUCUUGACCUGUUGAUGACACGUCUAUUAAAACUGCUGCUGAAAAAGACUGAAGCUUCAUUCAGACAGGAGGAGGUGUUAACUCUUCGUUCAGGACAUUGUAACCAUGGUGACAUGUUAUUAUGGUCUGUAGUAGACAAGGACACUCAGCAGGACAAAGACAAAAGCCUCCACAGGGGGGCGCCGGAGAGUUGAGAGCAAGGCAAAGAUCCGGCAGGAGGUGAAUCAGAGUAAAAACUCUCCUCCUCCUCCUUCUCCUCCUCUUCUUCACAUGAAACACAUGUUGAUAUGAUUCAGAGUGACUUCCUCUUCCCCAGGAUAUCAUCAUCUCUGAUGUCCAGCACAAUAAACGUCCAGAAAUCCAUUAGAAAUCACAGAGAAAAUAAGUUUUCUUCAGUAUCACAGUGAUCGUUGUCUGUUCAUCCACGGGGACACUGAGACAGGAGCUGAUCACAGAUCACUCUGUUGAUGGAGACACUGUGACUACAUGGAAACUAAUAUCGACUAAUAAUCACUACAGACCAUCUGAUGAGCUUUACUGGGUCUAUCUCUCCUCCUCUACAGAUGUCCAGCUAGUCUGAGUGGCGCUACAGGCUGAAUUCUACUCCUGUAACGGACCCGUCUCAGACUGUUGGGCUGUAAAGGAAGUAGCUGUAGAUCUUCAAAAUAAUGUCACAGGAAGUGACUGAUGUUUGUCAUGAAUAUAUUAAUGUUGUGAAUCUGUUGAAGACCUUUUUAAUGUGGAUGUUUUGUCAAACUUCUAAAAUGACACCAGAAAAACUAAAAUAUUCUGAACCUUUUUGACUUGUGACCCUUUAAAAUUAAUCAUAUCUACAGUUUAUUCAGGACUUUAAAUACUGUGGUUUAAAUCUGAAUGAACUGAGUUUUAAUUGGAUGUUGGUGAUGGUCAUACCUACUGUUUGUCUCUUUGUUCUUACGAAGCUGUUCCACUUCUGCAGAUGUUCACUCCUCUAACAAAGAGCCAUUUUGUGUUGUUUUGUUAGAUUAAAUUUCAAAUAAUAUAAAAUUAUUUUAAUAAUACAAUCAAAA